AUGAACAGAAAUUUAGAAUUAAGAAUUUCAGAACUUCGAGUUAUACCUAUAAAUCAUAGAACAUCCACAGUAGAGCUGAGUGGUUUUUAUGACCAAAUAUUAUACAAAAUGUAUAAUAAAAACGAAAAUACUUGGAAGUAUAAACAAGUAGAAGGAAUAAAGAGAAGAAAAUAUACUAAUAAAUACAGAAUUAGAUAA